AAACCCAACAAAUGAUAAUCUUCGAAGAAGAAAAAUGGCGAUGGAGCUGACUUUUGUAGUCUCAUGGCGAUUACUGGUCGAAGUUUGCAAGUUUCUUCAAUAUUGAAUAGCGUGAAAAGCCGACUCAAAUCCAUUUCGAAUAUUUCCCAACAAAAUUCCAAAAGGGUCAUAGCCAUUCAAUACGAUCAACUUAGCACCACAACAAAAUUCCACUCAAUCCCUCCAAAUUUCUUCUCUGUUUUACCCUUUUCUCUCUUUUCACUUUCCCAUCUCUGCUUCUACUCUUCAAAAAUCCCCUCCCCCUUCUCUCCAGUUUUGAUUUUAGGUUCAUUUUUUGUUGCUUUGGUUUUGGAUUAAUGGAGAAUACUCAGCGGAUUGAGCAGAUGAGGAGAUUAGUGGAGAAAAAUGGGGUUUCUGCAGAAUAUGGUGAUCCGACGAUGAUGAGGUUUUUGGUUGCGAGAUCGAUGGAUGUUGAGAAAGCGGCUAAGAUGUUUGUGCAAUGGCAGAAAUGGAGGGAUACGAUGGUUCCGAAUGGGCGAAUCGUUGAAUCUGAGGUUGAAGAUGAACUGGGAACAAGGAAGAUGUAUUUGCAGGGUUUAUCGAAGAAUGGGCACGCUGUGUUGUUCUUGAAAGGGAACAAACAUUUUCCUGCUAAGGAUCAAGUUCAGUUCAAGAAGUAUGUGGUUUAUUCCUUGGACAAGACAAUUUCAAGUGCUUUCAAGGGAAGAGAAAUUGGGAAUGAGAAGCUGAUUGGCAUUCUUGAUCUGCAGCAAAUUUCGUACAAGAACAUCGAUCCCCGUGGAUUGAUCACAGGCUUUCAGUUUUUGCAGGCUUAUUAUCCUGAACGUCUGGCAAAGUGCUACAUCUUAAACAUGCCACGGUUUUUUGUCAGUGUGUGGAGGAUGGUCUCUCGGUUCCUCGAGAAGGCGACGCUCGAAAAGGUUGUGAUUGUGAGCAAUGAAGAAGAAAGGAGAAGUAUGAUAGAAGAAAUUGGAGAAGAUGUAUUGCCAGUUGAGUAUGGUGGAAAGGCAAAGCUUAUUGCUAUUCAAGAUGUUGUUCUUCCUCACUUGGAUGGUUGAAUGUUAGGAAUUUGAAUGGCUGUUAUAUAUAGAUAUAUAGAUAUAUAUAUAUAUAUAUAUAUAGUUAUUAUAUACAGUUAUAUAUAUGUAUUAAGCUAAUUCAGUACCUAAAGUUACCAUAGCUUUUAGUUAUAAUUUAACAUGAAAUUCAAAGAAAAUUGGAAAGAGAAAAAAGAGAAUGAUAUCAGUUCUUAGUAAA